AUGAAGGUUGAAGCGAUGAAGAGGACGACGAUGAUGGUUAUGGUGUUAUUCUUAAUGUUAUUGGUGUUUCGUAUUGUUCUCUUGUCAAUUUGUAGACUACAUACAAUGUAUUCAUUCAGGAGCGAUUCAGGAACAACACUACUCCGGAAACUGAAACAUAUGAGUCCUCUGGAGCCACAUUCGGUACUGAAACAGAUGAGUCCAAUGGAGAACCGUUCUGCACCACGUGUCAGAUCUUCAUUGGCCAGCCCAAUCACCUGUGACCGUUCUAAUCAUAGAUACGAUAUAUGCUCCAUCAACGGCCCAACCGUCUUGGACACCAGCCAGUCGACCUUUUUUGUUGUGGGCCCAGAAAACUCAAAACCUCUUGUGGAAAAAGUCCGUCCUUACCCUCGAAAAUGGGAGAGCUUCACAAUGGGCCGCAUCAAAGAACUCACUCUUACUUCAGGCUCACCAAGCCCCCCGUGUGAGGUCCAACACAAUGUACCCGCCCUGGUAUUCAGUGCGGGAGGGUACACCGGAAACUUCUUCCAUGAUUUUAAUGAUGGGUUCAUUCCCCUCUUCAUCACCGUUAAUUCGGUCCUCCCCGAUAAAGAUUUUGUCCUGGUGAUCUCUAAAUCGCGCGAUUGGUGGGUUCACAAGUACGCAAAUUUGCUUCGUAGUUUCAGCAAGCACACAAUCAUAAACCUUGACAAUGAUAAUGUGACCCAUUGUUUUCCAUCUGCCACAUUGGGCCUCAUGUCACAUGGUUUCAUGACCAUAGACCCAAAAUUAAUACCCAACUCAAGAACCAUACAACAUUUCCAUGCAUUGCUAGAAAAAACCUAUGGCCAAGGUCAUCCUUCCUUCUCCAUCCCGCCAAAAGCUAGGCCACGGCUCCUAUUAGCUAGUCGUAGUGGUGGCGUUGGACGCGUGAUCUUGAACCAGGCCGAGGUAGAAAAGGUGGCACGAGAGGAGGGUUUCGAUGUCACGGUAUUCGAGCCAAAAUCCAGCACUCCUUUGCGUGAAGCGUAUGUGUUAAUACAUUCCAGCCAUGUAAUGAUAGGGGUGCAUGGUGCGGCACUCACUCACUCGUUAUUUCUUCGCCCGGGGUCGGUUUUUGUGCAAGUGGUCCCCAUUGGGUCAGAAUGGGUGGCUGAGGCCUGUUUCGGAAAGCCGGCUAGGGACAUGGGAUUGGAGUACAUGGAGUACAAGAUUGGGGUGGAGGAGAGCAGCUUGGUAGAGAAGUAUGGGAAGGAUGAGGUGUUGUUGAAGGACCCACAGGCCCUUCUAAAGAAGGGUUGGUCCAAUGAGAUCAUGGACAUAUAUUUGAAGAAACAAAAUGUAAAAUUUGAUUUGGUUAGGUUUAGGGGAUAUUUGAAGAUAGCAUAUGAAAAAGCAGAAGUGUUUAUGAACAAAGAGUGUUAG